AAUAAGCUCCGGUGGGGUCAGAAAAAAAUCGAAAAAUUAAUAAGCGUCCCCCUUCUAUUAAGGACCUUAGAGCAGUCUUCAAAAACUUGUAAAUGUUAUAUGAAGGACAUCUUUACAUCAUCUCACAGCUGCACCCUUACAAGAAUACAAAAGAGGGCUGCAUCCUCUCUAAAGUGCCUUUUUUGCAUAAUUUCAUUGGUACACCAGCCCUUGCAGGGCCCGCGCCACCGGGGGGUCAUAGCUGUAAAAGAGUGAACAUAAUAAAAUGGUUUAAAACAUGCCACUUUCCAUCAAAUACAAGGCCAUUUAUGAUCAACUUGGUACUUCAGCACCUAAAUGUGAUCUUGCAAAUGUUUUUCUGAACUUAUCAUGUCGCGAUUAACAGAACCUGUUACUAAACUUUUCGAUAAAGUUUAGCAAGUUUCACAAAGGUUUCAAAGCUGGUAGACUGUCCAAUAAAAAGUUAAAAUUAUUUAUUUCUUAAAAAGUUACUUUCUUCAAUUUUUAAGCAAAAAGUGUUGUCAAUGGUCUGAAGUUUGGUGUGAUUAGAUUUUAGCCAUAAAAAGACGUCUAAUGCUUCACAAAAGUGGUUUGAAUUUCGAUCGCAUUGCUGUUGACAACGCGGUCGCCAUUACUGAAUUGUCAAACCUGUGCAAUACUUUUGCUCACUAAGUGUACUCCGGGUCAGAAAGGGCCUAGGAGCAGUGGCAAUUCAGCGGUUAUCUCCACUUAUCUCCAGAACUAUUGAUUUCCCAAACUAGAGCCUUGCCAACGGAUGCAGUUUCUAUGUCAUGCCUAGGGCUGCCUAGGGCAAAAAGGAACAUUUUUAUCCUUAAAUACGCUUUAAAUAAAAAACGUUCCAAGGGUCUGGGAACGAAGCUUUAAAGGCGGGAAAAUUUGGCUGCUGACGUGAUCCUAAACAGAAAGCCGAUGUUGCAAAUUGUAAAAAUAUGUUGAAAAGAUCAUUGUAUCGUGUUGAAAAUACCCCAUUUGGAGAUGGAUGUGUGUUUGAUGAGAGGCAUUCACACAAUCAUCAUUCAGAACUUGAAAAGAUCUGUGCCCUGGCCAAACAAGACCUCCUUCAGAAAUCAAGAGAGCGAGAAUCAACAGGAGAGAGUUCACUUGAUGUUUCCUCUUCAAGGAAAAGCGGCAUUGGCAAUAGAUCCCCGUGGAAGAAUUCUUUACCGUUUUUGAGAGUUUCCAGAAAAGUCCAGAGAUGCCAAGAUCAGUUAAACUGCUCUGGAAGAGUUGAGAUUGUCAAUGAAAGUGCAUAUGGUGAUGUUUUUGAUCAAACAGAGAGUUUAUCAGAAAAUAGCAGUACACCAAGCUCCCAGAUGAUCCGUGAGCAAGCAAUCGACUUCGGCUGCAACAGUAACAUUGGAAACAACAGUCAACGAACAAAUGGCGCCCAACCAAGCAUAUGUAUCACACCAGACCACCAAGACCUUCCUCAUCCGUCAAAGCUCAGACCAAAAAAGCCUAAGGUCAAAAAUUCUCUUGGGGCAAUGAAGAAUUCAGCCAAAGGAACAAAAUUUGACAUCAACUGCCAUUUGCAACAACUCAAGAGGAAAUGCCGAGACAAUCCAAGCUAUGGUUUUAGAGCAAUGUUAUCAAGCACAGUUAGGAAGGUUCCUACAGGCACACAAGGAGCACAAUCCGACGGAAUGCUAUGCAUUGCUAGCGAUGUCCAAACGCCAAAUAGGAUGUUUUAUCGUGGAAGGGGCCAAUACCUAUCGCUGUAUGCCGACUCGGUGUGCGAAAUGAGCGAAAGUCGCCUGGGAACAACUGGCAACAAACCAUUCUUUCCAAAUUUAGAUUUUCCCGAUUAUAACAAAAAGGACACCGAAAAUUUAUUUGAAAAUACAUCCGGUGCAAAAUAUGUUCGAGAAGAAUUCCCCAGGGAAGAAUAAAGUCAUGACCUGGUAUCAGAUUUGAGCUCAAAUCGACCAUGUAUGAAGAGGUUGGCGUGGAACUCUUCGUAAUGUCAGCUGAAGGAGCAAUGGCUGUCAUUGUUGUACAUGAUAUUGGCAGAGCAAGAAAACUGCAGAUUCGCAGUCGAAAAAGAUAUAUUAACUGCAGAAAAAAUUGUCAUGUUUUUCGUAGUAAUAAAAUUUGUUCACAAAAUCUAUCUCGUACACGAUAGGAAUUUACACAGACGUAAUUCGAAUAGACCUUCUGACUCUCUUCUGACUGAAGAACGCAGGGACGACUUACUACUGACACAUAGAUGGUAUAAUAGGUCUUCAUCUUGCUAGCAGAUCAAUGCCUUGUAACUCUCUUGUUACGAACAUUUACUAACUUUAUUAAGAGGGUUGUUGCAUCUUGGUCUGUGAAAAAAGACCCUG